ACGUUCCCGCGCUUUUUUGACGUUCAAUCCAGUGCUUGCCGAACGGACAUUAUUUUAAGUGUUUAAAAAUGGAAAUGAGGUGGCGGUUUCUCAUAGGUUUCCUGUUGCUAGGCGUUGUAUUCGCCGCAGAAGAUGAUGACGGCGUGCCUGAUGCAGGUGUUGAUGCUGAUGAUGAUGAUCUAGCCCUGGACCAAGAGGAAACUCGCAACUUACGGCCGCGUGCGUACACCCCGACCGCUUACAAUGCGUUGCCGAGUGGCUUCAGACCGACUCCUUCGCUGGCCGAGCUGGCGGGCUACCAGCAGCGUCCGCAACAGGAGCAGCAGGAGUACGUGGCGCUGGUGCCGGCGAGGCCGGCCCAACAGCAAUAUGUCGAGGAGCAACGGCCUAUUAGACCACACAGAAAGCCACAAGAACAUCGCCCUGCGAAACUCCAACAACAAUUGCAAGAAGAAGAAGAAUUAGAGGAAGAAAAAGAAGAGCCCGACCGUCUCUCUCAGCUGUUGCAGCAGUCCAAGUUCGACUGCGUUGGCAAGCAGACGGGGUACUUUGCUGACCAAGAGCUGAACUGCGAAGUAUUCCACUAUUGUCAAGACAGCGUGAAACACUCCUGGAUUUGUCCAGAUGGAUUCACUUUCCACCAGGUACAUCUAAUCUGCAUGCCGCCUACCCACGACAACAUCUGCCAGAAAUCAGCGAAGUAUCAUUUCGUGAACGACUACCUCUACCGGCCCAUCAACCAGGAGGAAGUACAGAGGAAACCCAACGUGUCGCUCAAAUACUCCGACCGGUACUACCCCGCUGAAGUAUACAGGGAUGACAGAUACGAACAGGAAGAAGAGGAGGAAGAGGAGGAAGCACCUCGCCGCCAGCCAGCUCCACAGCCCCAACAGGCCAGGCCUUCGCCCCGUCCUCAGCAGCAGCCCCAAGUGUUCCACUCAGCCGAAGAAGUGAAUAUACCGUUAGGGCAAAGACGUCCUCAGCGCCCUUAUGAUUUCGACUUUUAAAUAAAGUCUAUUUGUAAUUUAGAUAGUACCUACUUUUAUUAAAUUGUAUAUAGGUGUCCUUAAUUCUUGAAUUUUGUAAAAAAAUUUUGAAUAAUAUUUACCUCAAAUUUUCAAUGCCUAUCUACGCGUUUUAAUUAAGUAGGUAGAGUGCGAAACAAUCGUAUGUCUCUCAAAUGAAACUGAUGUUAUUUGAAAUUCGAUUAUACGAAUUGUAAUUAUAAAAUAAUCUUAUUUAUAUUUCUGUACUAUAAAGUAUUCACUUUGUAAUAAGUUACAAAUUAGGUUUAAGCUAGUCUUUGUGUUAAGUGUACCUAA